AACAAGCUGCCCGCAGUUGCACACGAUGCGAUUUCAGUUACGUAUAUAUAACAAUGAUCGAGGGAGGUAUCUACAUUCCAACCUCGUUUCUGUGAUAGUGACAUAAUGAGCAGUUCCAAGCCUGUUUGUACCAUAACCAUCUCGUGCAAAUGCACUUCUGGUGGAACCUGCACUUGCGUAGUAUCAUGCAAGUGCAGCAACUGCAAGUGCACCAACUGCCCUGAAGCUGCUUGUAACUGUGAGGAAGGCGUUUCAUGUGUUUGCACCGUCAAGUGCAUCUGUGUCAACUGCAAAUGUGAAACUUGCCCAACGAGUGAAUGCAAGUGCACUUCUGGUGGAACUUGCACUUGCGUAGUAUCAUGCAAAUGCACCGACUGCAAGUGCACCAACUGCCCUGAAGUUGCCUGCAAGUGCGAAGAGGGCUCUUCGUGUGUAUGUACCGUCAAGUGCAUCUGUGUCAACUGCAAAUGUGAAACGUGCCCAACGAGUGAAUGCAAAUGCACUUCUGGGGGAACUUGCACUUGCGUAGUAUCAUGCAAGUGCACCGACUGCAAGUGCACCAAUUGCCCCGAAGUUUCCUGUAAGUGCGAAGAAGGCUCUUCGUGUGUAUGUACCGUCAAGUGCAUAUGUGUCAACUGCAAAUGUGAAACGUGCCCAACGAGUGAAUGCAAAUGCACUACUGGCGGAACUUGCACUUGCGCAGUUUCAUGCAAGUGCACCGACUGCAAGUGCACCAACUGCCCUGAAGUUGCUUGUAAGUGCGAAGAAGGCGCUUCGUGUGUAUGCACCGUCAAGUGCAUCUGUGUCAACUGCAAAUGUGAAACGUGCCCAACGAGUGAAUGCAAAUGCACUUCUGGGGGAACUUGCACUUGCGUAGUAUCAUGCAAGUGCACCGACUGCAAGUGCACCAAUUGCCCCGAAGUUUCCUGUAAGUGCGAAGAAGGCUCUUCGUGUGUAUGUACCGUCAAGUGCAUAUGUGUCAACUGCAAAUGUGAAACGUGCCCAACGAGUGAAUGCAAAUGCACUACUGGCGGAACUUGCACUUGCGCAGUUUCAUGCAAGUGCACCGACUGCAAGUGCACCAACUGCCCUGAAGUUGCUUGUAAGUGCGAAGAAGGCGCUUCGUGUGUAUGCACCGUCAAGUGCAUCUGUGUCAACUGCAAAUGUGAAACGUGCCCAACGAGUGAAUGCAAGUGCACUUCUGGAGGAACCUGCACUUGCGUAGUAUCAUGCAGCUGCACCGACUGCAAGUGUACCAACUGCCCGAAGACAUGCAAAUGUUAAUAUGGCGAAGCUGUACGGUUUGGCGGACUGGUGUGUGAAGAGUUUAGUGGGCAUUGCAGUUUAUAUUCUUUAAUGUAGGUACUUCUGUAGUAAACUCUUACUUCUAGCAGCACAACAUAAUGUACAGUUUAUAUUCUUUUAUUGUUUAAGCAAUGUUGGAUUGGGUUAAUAAAUUUUA